CGUGCAUGCUGUGUCGCCACGCAGACGCCGACCCGGACACCUGCGGGCACAAACUGCAGGGACAAGGGAUCUGUGCCCAUGUGUUUUGCCUGUUUUUUGCCUACGGGCUUUUUCAGCAACAAUCCAAGGACGUAGGCCUCAUGGGAUUCCUCCCUGAGGAUAUUCGACGGACAGCCGAGCAGGCUGCGCAGAAGGUGAGGACCUGGCAAGUACAGCCGAGCAGGCUGCGCAGGAGAGGGGGAAGGAGCGGACCCCCCAUCCGCUGCCAUGAGACAGGCUGCAACCGCACAUUCCAUCUCCCCUGUGCCGUAAAGGGUGAAUGCGUCACCCAGUACAUUUUUCAGUACAGGGCCUCACGCCUGCGCCUUGUGUUUCUCCUGCAGGGACAGGCUGCGUGCAAUGGCGUGUUUCGCUUCCAGUGCCCCCUCUGUAGAAACACUGAACUGUUUCUCACAGAAAUGAUCCUCAUGGGGAUCCGAAUCCCCAUCAGACUGCCAGGAAGUGAGAACAUACAAGCAUAUGAAGCGCUAACUGAGAGGCACAGCCGCUGCGAUGCCAGCGAGUGCCUUUGUCCAAGAGGCAGGGAGCAGGCAGAGGAAGAGGGGCCCUGGCAACUGGUCCUGUGCUCCUCCUGUGCUGCCGAGGGCACCCACAGAGGCUGCUCCUCCCUGAAGGACAGCACGGUCUGUUGGGAGUGCCGCAGCUGUGCUGGCCUGGACACUG